AUGGCGUUCCUGGCCGGGCCGCGCCUGCUGGACUGGGCCAGCUCGCCGCCGCACCUGCAGUUCAAUAAGUUCGUGCUGACCGGCUACCGGCCUGCCAGCAGCGGCUCGGGCUGCCUGCGCAGCCUCUUCUACCUGCACAACGAGCUGGGCAACAUCUACACGCACGGCUUGGCCCUGCUGGGCUUCCUGGUGCUGUUGCCGAUGACCAUGCCCUGGGGACAGCUGGGCAAGGACGGCUGGCUGGGGGGCACACACUGCGUGGCCUGCCUGGCACCCCCUGUGGGCUCUGUGCUCUAUCACCUCUUCAUGUGCCACCAAGGGGGCAGCCCUGUGUACGCCCGGCUCCUCGCCCUGGAUAUGUGUGGGGUCUGCCUUGUCAACACCCUCGGGGCCCUGCCCAUCAUCCACUGCACACUGGCCUGCAAGCCCUGGCUGCGCCCAGCUGCCCUGGUGGGCUACACCAUGCUGUCAGGUGUGGCUGGCUGGCGGGCCCUCACUGCCCCCUCCACCAGUGCCCGGCUCAGAGCCUUUGGUUGGCAAGCUGGUGCCCGCCUGCUGGUAUUUGGGGCCCGGGGAGUGGGGCUGGGCUCAGGAGCUCCAGGCUCCCUGCCCUGCUACCUGCGCAUGGAUGCACUGGCACUGCUUGGGGGGUUGGUGAAUGUGGCCCGCUUGCCAGAGCGCUGGGGACCUGGACGCUUCGAUUAUUGGGGCAACUCCCACCAGAUCAUGCACCUGCUCAGCGUGGGCUCCAUCCUUCAGCUGCAUGCCGGCGUUGUGCCUGACCUGCUCUGGGCCGCCCACCACGCCUGUCCCCCAGAUUGAGCUGCCUCCUGCCUGCCAUGCCGGCCUGUCCAGGGCCUCCUGGGGCCAACACCAUCACACUUUCCUCCUGCUGGCCUGCAAGGGGCCGGCUCCCGGGGUGCCUCCAGCAAGCAAGACAUCCCAGCUGGGAGCCCUCAUCUGCUCAUCCAUUCUUCCCUGUGGACUAACCUCUUCUUCAACGCAGGCCUUGAAGCUCCAGCUUCCGCUCCCUGCCCUCUCCCUCCAGGGUACUGUUCUGCUGUCAGCGGGAAGGAACCUUUCCCUCUCUGGGCCUCCAUUUACCCUCUGGGACCUGUGAGGGGUGGCUCUCUGGAGUCACGUCUUGCUCUGACAGUUGGGGUGCUGCCAGCUUACCAGGCCUGCGAGCCCAGAGCCAUCGCUCCCUGUGGCCCCUCUCACAGGGACCUCCUAGGGCCCUGGGCCAGCCCCUCAGGCCCAUGCUUCCUGACCUCCGUCUUUCUGCCCCAGCCCUUCCAGCAGCCAGAAGCUUGCCCACCCUUCUCCCUUCUGUCCAGAUACUGUGGAGUGAGGGGUAUGGAGCAGCAGGACUAGCCUCUUCUCCCAGGACCAUGUGGGCACUCACCCUUCCUGUACCAGCUGGCCAAGAGGCUGCUGCUUCUUCCUGGCAACUGGUACAGACCUAGAGUGGUGUACCCUGGACCCAGGCUCCACAGAUCCAGGCCCCAUAGGACUAAAGGCCCACCUUCCACCUUCAGUGCCAUGCUCUCACGGCUCUACCUGCCCAUCAGGGAUGUGCCCACUCAGGAAAUCUCUUUGCUGCACACAGCGUGUGGCUCUGUUUCUACAGCAGGGCUCAGCCUCAGGACCCGUCCCGGGGGCCUAAGGCCCUGGACAUCAAUAAAGGGACAGGAAGCA